GCUGGGAUAGGCUCCAGAAGACCUGUGACCCUGGAGAGGAUAAGCGGCAUAGAAAAUGGAUGGAUGGGUGUUUAGUUACUCAACUACAGAGAGUACUAGUACACUAGUACUACAGCACCUAGUACACUCUGGAGAUGAGUAAACAUCUUUGCCUACUAUACUAUGAGGUGUUAUUAUUAAAAAAAUGCAUUAGUGCAAAUAAAGACCUGCCCUCUAAUAAACACCAUAUCCCUUACAGACACACAGGAACUGUAAAAUCAUAUAAUGUCUCAGAUCAGAUGAGUGUGUGACUCCCCUUGAAAAUGCCCACACAGUGUACUAAAAACAACUUCCUGGACAUGUGGAAGCUGUUGACCAAUCAGAAGGCAGCGUGGAAAUCAUGCCAGCAUCAGCAUCAGCAGAGUGUGUGCGUGAGCGUGCAUGCGUGUGUUGCAUGUCGUUGCAGCCUCCUCGGAAUUAAAACAGAAUCCAGUCCGUGCAAGAAGGCGCAUCCAGGUCGAGCCUCUCUCUCCACCAACACCGCCUUGCUCCAUGUGCUUGGCGGCUGCAAAUGGAAGCCGAGGUGCUGCUGUCCCCCCCCGUGAUGGCGGACGUCAACGGCAACAAUAAGCUGGCCAGCGCCGAGUUGGAGGUGCUGAAGCUCCAAGAGCUGGUCCGCAAGCUGGAGAAGCAGAACGAGCAGCUGAGGACGAGGGCCAACGCGGUAAACAAUUGUCCCAUCGCCUCCCAUCAUCACCACCACCAUCCUCCUCUUACUCCUCCUCCUCCUCCGCAGCAGCAGCAGCUCCCGGGCUCGCUGGUUGCUUGUCUACCCGCAGCUAGGGACCAUUUCUCGGUCAAGUGUGAGCCGUGCGCCCGGGAGCCCUUCGCUUAUUUUCAGCCGAGCUCGUCGUCGUCGUCUCCUGAUGCAGCCGAGGAGGAAGUGGAAGAUGAGGAUAAGGAUGGAAACACGACGGUUCUGGAUGAGGUUGACAUACUGGAUCUUAGCACCGUGCUCCCUGCAACACAGCCCGAUAGCUGGCUCUACGUAAGUCCCAGAGCCAAGCUGCAGGGCAGCGACAGCGGCCUCAGCCCUCUACAGUGGUGCAGGCAGGUCCUGGACCACCCGGGACCAGAAGUGGAGCUGGCCAGGAUGACGCUGUGCCACAGAUUGGACCAAGCCAAGCGGUGGCGAGGAACGUCUUCCGUCCGUCCUUACAGCUGUAUAGACGGGCUGUCCACCCUCAGCUGCCCGGUCCAGCCUUACACUAAACCUGCUGUGCUAACCGAGUCCACAGCUCUGUCAUCAGCGCCGAUAGCAGCAUCUCCAUCCUCAUCACCCGGGCCUCCUUUAGUCCAGUCCACCCUCCCUCUCAGGACCAGCUGCAGCCUCAAUGACAGAGCCCCCACCUUCCUGUCAAACUCUGCCCUGCACAAUGUGGGUCGGCAACGUGCGGCCAUCAGCCCCCAGUCUUCCGUAGACAGCGAGGCGGGCAUCUCCGAGCUGGAGGACGACUCCAUUUCCAUGGGCUACAAACUGCAGGAUAUGACAGACGUGGAGGUCAUGGCUCGACUUCAGGAGGAGAGUCUGCGUCAGGACUACGCGUCCACCUCGGCCACGGCCAGUCGUCGCUGCUCCAGCUUCUCCUUGAACUCUCUGAGACGCAGCGAGGUGGACUUGGAGGAGGAUGAUGAGGAAGACGAGGGCUACGACCAGCUGCCUCCACCGCAGCCUCGACUGUUCCGUACGGGAUCCAUGCAGCGCAGUGGAGGGGGUCUACCUCACUCACACACCUUCUCCAGCUUCAGAGACUGCAGACGAAGCUCCAACGCCUCAACCUUCUCACUGGCUGCACUCGUGCCGUACAAUGCAGGGACAUCGGGUCUGAGCACAGACACUCACUACAGAAAUAGCACAGAUAUGAAACUCCGGAGAAGCAUGCCCAACCUGAUCCGAGCUCCAAGCAUGCCCAGUGUUCCCUGUUUGGCCCCCUCUUCCAUGGUCCCACCCUCCCACGGCCCCUCUUCUCUCCCUACGAUGUCGUCCCUCCGAAGCAGCCAGAGCUUUGAUUCAUCCAGCGGCCUUGCACGUCUCCAGUCGUCCAUUCCCCCUCCAGGCCAGCUGAGUCAACGCGUCCAGAGUGUGGGCAACUUCCCCGCCGCCCCUCGCCAACUCUUUAAAGCCACGGCCUACGUGAGCCCCACCGUCCUGCAGGGGCCCGCCUCCUUGUCCACCUCUACCAGCCUGCACUCCAUCCCCAGCAGCACUGCCCUGCCUCAGACCCUCAAGCCCGCCGGAAGUUCAGUACCGCUGCCUGUAAAGACCACCACCGCCGCACCUGGCCAGUCUGCUUUUCCCCGCAGCUCGCUGCCCCGUCCAGCCUCUUUUGUGGGCAUCAGCGGAGUUUCACGCUCGAGCAAGAUCUCCCAACCAACACGCAGUAUGCUGACUCCGCCAAAGAGCCUGGCUUCCCUGACCACCCUGAGGGAUGCCAGCUGGAAAGACGGCUGCUAUUAACUCCCAAUAAUUCCAGAUGUAUGGUAAUAAUACGAUUAUUAAUACUGAUUAUUAUGACAAACAGGGUCAUGCUGCAUUACUGCAGUAACAGCAUCUGUCCAGAGGAGGCAGUCAUGAGCUGCUACCCAAGAGAGACUGUUAAGUGUUUUGUUUUUUUUGUUUUUUAACUCUUCUUCUGAAUGAAGUAAAGAGCUGUAUGAGGCUGGCUCUCAUACGUUACUUGCAAUAUUCAGCUUAUUACUUACUUAAAUGUCAACUCUUUUCUUGUUGUGGUUUCUCUGCAAACUGAAAACGUCACGCUUUUUCUAUAAUAUGCUUUUUUUAUAUAUAUCUCACAUGGCUCACUUUGCAAACUUUUCUCACUGUGGUGUAAAAUAUGAUGAUGAAAAAUCAGUUUUUGUUCCAUCGUGUGCCUGUUUGGAAGUACUGUGUCAUAUUUCAUAUCCGCUUCUAUGUACUGGCCGCACCUGCAGCACUUUUAUCGCAAUUAUGAGAAAUCUUUUUUGGAGGGUUGCUUAAAUUAUCGCAAUUCUUUAACGUGUGAUGUUAGUUUUUUUGGUGUGUGUUUUUAUUAAGUUUUGUUUUUGAGUGCUUUUUAGUAAAGUAAUACUUUGAUUAAUGUGACUGCUGCAAUGAUAUUGCACAUCAACUCUGCCGAGUUUUAUGUACCAUAGGAAUUUUUAAAGUCAAAUUAAAAAAGUUUUGAAAAUAUAAUAUUCUACACCUCCUACCUGGCAGCUCUAAACGCAGCAUCCUUCUAUAAAUAUAUUCACUAUCUCUCCUCUGGACAUGUCAGAACCAUCUCAGUCUGGCCUCUUCGACUUUAUCUCCAAGGUCUCUAACAUGUAAUGUCCCUCUGAUGUACUCCUUCCUGAUCCUAUCCAUCCUGGUCACUCCCAAUGAGAACCUCAACAUCCUCAUCUCUGCUACAUCCAGUUCUGCUUCCUGUCUUUUCCUCAGUGGCACUGUCUCUAGACCAAACAACAUGGCUGGUCCCACCACAGAUUUGUAUACAUUUCCUUUCAUUUUAGCUGAAACUCUUCUAUCACACGUCACGCCUGACACUUUUCUCCACCCAUUCCAUGCUGCCUGCACACGCUUCUUCACCUCCUUUUCACAAUAUCACAAUAUAUGGCAACACUUGCCGAAAAAUGUCUGAAAUGUAUGAAAUGUCAUGGGCAGACGGGACCUGUCUGAGAGGCUGCGUUGUCUCCACUCGCCAGAAGUUGAGCCGCAGUGUGGAGCUGCCCUCUGCCUUCUCCUUCCUUAUCACCAUCCACAAGACCAUCCAGCAACAGGAUCGCCGUACUGCAAAAUAGCAAAAAAUAUGGCAUGUGGUGCACUAAAUGAAUUCACAUUUU